GCGGGGGGUGGGGGGAAGGGGGUGGGGACUCGGGGUUCGCCGCGACAUGGCGCCCGCAGGCAGCGCCGGCAUCGCCGGGGUCAUCGUCGGCCUUUUGGCAGCCGCGCUGCCCCACAUCGGAGCCUUCAACGUGGCGGAGGUGCCGCACCGGGUGCUGAGCCGCCGCGGCGCCCCCAGCUUCGGGCACCAGCUGCUCCAGUUCAACAGCUCCUGGCUCGUGGUGGGAGCCCCGGCGGAGGUGGGGGAUGGGGGGCGCUUGUUCGGGUGCGAGGUGGAGAGCGGCACGUGCGUGGCCGUGGCGCUGGAAGGCAACAGCACCCAGACCCACAUGGGGAUGGCCUUCGCCCGGGACGGUGACACCACCAUCGUCUGCGGCCCCGGCCUGACCCGCGAGUGCGACCGCAACGUCUACUCGAGCGGCCUCUGCCUCCUCCUGGACCCACAGCUGCAGCCCCGGCAGGUCCUGGCGCCCGGAUACCAGGGGUGCUUGCUGGGCAUGGUGGACCUCGUCUUCCUCUUCGACGGCUCCAACAGCAUGAGCCCGGAGCAGUUCGGGGCCAUCCGCGACUUCAUGGUGGACGUGAUGGAGAAGCUGGCGAACACGUCCAUCCGCUUCGGGGCGGUGCAGUUCUCGGCGGGGGUGAAGCUCCAGUUCUCGCUGGCGGAUUACGCGGCCCGGCCGCGGCCCCGGGAGCUGCUGGCGGGGCUGCGGCAGCUCCGCACCCUCACCGACACCUUCGCCGCCAUCGCCUACGUCACGAGGACCGUCUUCACCCCCGAGCGGGGGGCGCGGCCGGGGGCGAAGAAGGUCAUCAUCAUCAUCACCGACGGCGACGCCACCGACGACGACAACGGCAGCGUCCGGGAGGCCGAGGAGCGCGGCAUCAUCCGUUACAUCAUCGGGGUGGGCAACAACUUCAACAGCCCCGACACCCGCCUCUACCUGAGCCAAUUCGCCUCCCAGCCCAGCGCCGAGUUCGUCAAGGUCCUCGACAGCUUCGAGAAGCUCCAGGGGCUCUUCCGCGAGCUGCAGGCCAAGAUUUAUGACAUCGAAGGCACCAGCGACCUCAACCGCUUCCACCUCGAGCUGUGCUCGAGCGGGAUGAGCGUCGACGCCGUCCACGGCCGGCGGGUGACGGGGGCGGUGGGUGCCGAUAACUGGGCCGGGGGUUUGGUGGAGCUGGAGGCGGAGGCGGAGCGGGAGAGGUUCGUGGCCAGCCCGUCGCUGGAGGAGAACGUGACGGACACGUACCUGGGCUACGCGCUGGCGGGGCUCCGCCUCCCGGGGCGGGCCCUGCUGGCGGCGGGUGCCCCCCGUCACCGUCACGUCGGCGCCGUCGUCGUCUUCGAGGUGCCGCCGGAGGCCGGGAGCUGGCGGGUGCUGCAGACCCUCCCCGGGGAGCAGGUGGGCUCCUAUUUCGGGGCCACCCUCUGCGCCCUGGGCCGGGGCGGGGUGACGGAGGCGCUGCUGGUGGGGGCCCCCACCCACUACGACGGGCGCUGGGGAGGGCGGGUCUACCUCUACCGCUGGCAGGAGGCGGGGCUGUCGGGGGCGGGGCAGCUGCGGGGGGCCCCGGGGCACCCCCUGGGCCGCUUCGGGGCGGGGCUGGCGGCGCUGGGGGACCUGGACGGCGACGGGGAGCCUGAGGCGGCCGUCGGGGCCCCGAUGGAGGACGGCGGCCGCGGCGCCGUCUACAUCUUCCCCGGCCGGCCCGGGGGGGUGGGCGGCCGCUACAGCCAGCGCCUGGAGGGGCGUCGGGCGGCGCCCGGGCUGCGAUUCUUCGGGCAGGCGUUGGACGGCGUCCGGGACCUGACGGGGGAUGGGCUGGUGGACCUGGCGGUGGGGGCGGAGGGAGGCGUCGUGGUGCUCAGGAGCCGCCCCGUGCUGUCCGUCACCCCCAACGUGACCUUUGCCCCGCCCCGUAUCCCCACGCGGGGGAUGGGCUGCGCCAGCGACGCCCACGUCACGCUCCGCCUCUGCCUCCGCGCCCGCCUGGCCACGCCCACCUCGGCAGGUGACCCCGCGACCCCCGUGACCUUCCAGCUGGAGGUGGAGCCCCAGCGGGCGCGGGGGAGGGGCGACUUCGGGGCGGGGCAGCGGCAGUGGGUGGGGCAGCUGCCGGCCACGCCCGGGGAGAGCUGCCAGGAGAAGGACCUCCACAUCCCGUCCUGCCCCGAUGAUUUCGUCACCCCCAUCCGUGUCGCCGUCACCAUCCUCCUGCCCCACAACGGCACCGGCCCCGUCCUGCCCCCCAACACCCUCCCCACAUGGACCGAGAUCCCCUUCGAGACCCACUGUGGGGCGGACGAGGUGUGCGAGGCCGACCUGGGGGUCACGGCGGAGGAGGGGCCGCCCGCGGUCGUGGGGGGCCCCGGGGCCGAGUUCGGGGCCCUCCUGGUCGUGACGAACGCGGGCGAAGACGCUUAUGGGGCAGCCCUACAAGUGCGGCACCCGCCAGGGCUGGCCUUCCGCCGGGCGCGGGCCACCCAGGACUCGGCGCCGGUGCCGGUCGCGUGCUGGGAGGCCGUGGGGCAGCCGUGGGGCCUGAGCUGCAACCUCAGCCGCCCCAUCCUGCGCGCGGGCUGGGAGGUUCGGGUCGAGCUGAUGUUCGGGAUCCUCCCAAACGCCUCCUGGAAUGAGACGCUGCAGCUGGAGGCGACCGUCAGCAGCGAGAACGAGCCCCACGGCACGAUGGGGAACAACACGGUCUCCUGGGACGUCCCCGUGCGCUUCAGCCUCAGCCUCGUGGCCACAUGGUGAGACCCACAGCGACCCACGGCU